CCACAUUGAGACUGCAGGCAGGCAGUACAGAUCGGAGACAGCGACCCGACACCGGUUGGUCAGCGGUGGGGAUUAUGACCACAGUAGCCCAAUUUAAGGGAAGCUACUUCGCUGGACUUUUUGUGCAAACUUAGCUGUACGCGUCUUGUAUUAUCAAUAAGACAGUGGUUUAAGUACGACAGAAGUGAAGUUUGAAGACUGACCUCGAAGAUGUCUGUGGUGGGAUUUGACUUGGGUUUUCAAAGCUGCUAUGUAGCUGUAGCCCGAGCCGGUGGGAUCGAGACAAUCGCCAACGAGUUCAGCGACAGAUGCACACCGUCAUUUGUCUCAUUUGGACCACGAAGUCGAUCGAUAGGAGCUGCUGCGAAGAGCCAGGUGGUGACCAAUUGUAAGAACACAGUUCAGGGCUUCAAGCGAUUCCAUGGCAGGGCCUUCUCCGAUCCCUACGUUAUGUCGGCCAAGUCCAACCUGGUGUACGACCUCGCGCAGAUGCCCUCUGGAUCGACUGGUAUUAAGGUGAUGUAUAUGGAGGAGGAGAGGUUGUUCAGCGUGGAGCAGGUGGCUGGCAUGCUGCUGACCAAGUUGAAGGAAACUGCUGAGAGCGACCUGAAGAAACCAGUGGCUGACUGCGUCAUCUCUGUUCCCUGCUAUUUCACCGACACAGAGAGAAGGUCUGUCAUGGACGCUGCCCAGAUCGCCGGCCUCAACUGUCUGCGACUAAUGAACGAGACCACAGCCGUGACUCUGGCUUAUGGCAUCUACAAGCAGGACCUGCCAGGUCUGGAAGAGAAGCCCAGGAUUGUUGUGUUUGUUGAUGUGGGCCACUCUGGUUACCAGGUGUCGGUUUGUGCCUUCAACACGGGAAAGCUUAAGAUCCUGGCAACGGCGUUUGACUCCGAGCUGGGUGGGAAGGACUUUGAUGAAAUCCUGGUGAAUUACUUCUGCGAGGACUUCGCCAAGAAGUACAAACUGGAUGUCCGGUCCAAGCCUCGCGCUCUGGUGCGUCUCUACCAGGAGUGUGAGAAGCUUAAAAAGCUGAUGAGUGCCAACUCGUCCGACCUUCCCCUCAACAUCGAGUGUUUCAUGAAUGACAUUGACGUGUCCAGUAAGCUCAACAGAGGUCAGUUUGAGGAGAAUUGUGCGGGGCUGUUGGCCAAAGCGGAGGCUCCCCUGCGCAGCGUCAUGGAACAAGCUAAGUUGAAGAAAGAAGACGUGUACGCAGUGGAGAUCGUCGGCGGCGCCUCCAGAAUUCCCGCCAUCAAAGAGCGCAUCAGCAAGUUCUUCGGCAAAGAGCUGAGCACCACUCUGAAUGCAGACGAGGCCGUGGUCAGGGGCUGUGCACUGCAGUGUGCCAUUUUGUCUCCAGCCUUCAAAGUCAGAGAGUUCUCCAUCACGGACGUUGUCCCUUAUUCCAUCUCUAUUAAAUGGAACUCUGCAGCAGAGGAAGGACAGAGCGAUUGUGAAGUUUUCCCAAAGAACCACGCGGCUCCCUUCUCCAAAGUGUUGACCUUCUAUCGGAAGGAGGCCUUCGUCCUUGAAGCAUACUACAAAAACCCCAAGGAGCUGUCGUACCCCAGCACCUCCAUAGGGCAGUUCCUGAUCCAAAACGUGGUCCCUCAGUCGUCUGGAGAGAGUGCCAAGGUGAAGGUCAAAGUUCGAGUCAACAUUCACGGCGUGUUUAGCGUGUCUAACGCCUCCCUAGUAGAGGUGCUGAAAGCGACAGAUGGAGAGGAGCCGAUGGAAACCGAUCAGACUGUGAAGGAUGAGGAGAGCAAAAUGCAUGUAGACCAGGAAGAUCAAAAAGCAGUGCCGGGUGGAGACAAGAAAGGUGACACAGAAGAGAUGGAGAUGGUGACGGAGGAAGGCAAACAAGAGAAGAAAAACGAGCCUCAGGCAAAGAAGCCCAAAGUGAAAACAAAGACGGUGGAGCUGCCCAUCGAGACCAAUUUGUGCUGGCAGCUGUCCACUGAUGUGAUAAAUAUGUUUGUGGAGAAUGAGGGCAAGAUGAUAAUGCAAGACAAACUGGAGAAGGAGAGGAACGACUCAAAAAACAAUGUGGAGGAGUAUGUGUACGACAUGAGAAACAAGUUGUUUGGCCCCUUGGAGAAGUUUGUCAAUGAAGCGCAUCGUGAUGCAUUCUCAUUAAAACUUGAGGACACAGAGACUUGGCUGUAUGAGGAUGGAGAGGACCAACAGAAGCAAGUUUACAUUGAUAAACUGGCAGAACUGAAGAUAAUUGGGCAACCUAUUGUUGAGAGAGCCAUGGAAGCUGAGGAGCGACCGAGGGCAUUUGAGGAGCUGGGCAGGCAAGUCCAAAUGUACAUGAAGAUCCUCAACGCCUACAAGGCAAAGGACGAAGAGUAUACACACUUAGACGAGCUGGAAGUGACCAGUGUGGAGAAGCAGGUGAACGAUGCCAUGGCGUGGAUGAACAACAAGAUGAAUCUGCAAAACAAUAAGGACCUCACGCUGGACCCGGUGGUCAAAGUCAGCGAGAUCCACGCCAAGUCCAAGGAGCUUUACUCUGCGUGCAACCCUGUCCUGUCAAAGCCAAAGCCCAAGCCCAAGGUGGACCCGCCAAAGGAGAAGACCAACAACGGGCCCACCAACGGGCAGGAGGGAACGACAGACGGCCAGCCUUCCGACUCGGACAAAAUCCCUCCCGCAGGCACAGAGCAGAGAACGGCGGAGAACAAGCCCCCUGAAAUGGACAUUGACUAACUUUUUGCGCUAUUUGCCCCGAUUACGUCGCACUUGUGAGGAUGCAACAGCGUUCCCUUAUCAGUACUACUCAUCGACUUGUUCUAUUUCUUCGUGACUUCAAACUAGUUCAUCUGUAAUGUUCACACUGGGAUACAUGAAUAUGUUUGCAGUAUAUCUUGUCAAGAGGCAAGUUGAAGAAUCGGGAUUGUUCUGAGUUCACGUCACGUGCAUUUUUAUCCACUUUAAAGUGCUGAAUGGUUUUUUUUUUGUAUUUAGAUUUAAAAGGACAGACUCAGUAUUUCAUUUGUUGUAUGGCUUUUCUCAUUCAUUUACAGUGUAAGAAUCUUCACUGGUUUGUUUUUUUCUGCAUAAUGCUCGCCCAGGUGCUGCUGUUGUUGCUACAUCAUUAAAAAAGCAAAUAAUAAACCUCGUUCAAAAGGU